AUGUUUCGUGAUUACAUCUGUGUACAUAAUUCAUGUCUUGACCAAGUGUACAAAUAUCCAUUAGAAAAAUUGGGUAUACUUACUUCAACAGAAAUAAAUAAUCUGUUCUAUUCAAUUGAAGCUAUUAUACCAGUUUUUGAAGGAUUAGCAAAUAGUCUUUCAUCAGAAGUGAAUAAAUAUUUCAGCAUACCAUGCAUAGGAAUGAUCUUAUAUCUGUGGUUGGGUCUUGAAGUAAUAACAAAGCCACAACCUGAUUACCUUAAUUAUGGACGUAAAUGUUAUCCGUAUCCAACACAGAAUUAUGUUCAGUCUAUCUGUGAGAGUUACAUUGAGAUGAUGCCUUCAUCAAUAAAACUUCUCUUGGAUUAUUCAGCCCACUUAUAUGAAGCACGUAAAUAUUUUGAGGCUUUACGCGAACAAAAGCCUGCUUUUACUGAUUUUCUUUCACGUUGUUCACAUACACAUUUCAGUAAACGUUUGGAUUUGUGGCAUUUCUUGGAAUGUCCCAAAAGCAGACUGACUAGGUAUCCUUUAUUACUGAAUCGACUGAUCGAAUUGACACCUUCAACCGAUCCAGAACUCAGUCAUUUACUCGUUGUCCGGUCUGCCUUCACCUUUAUAAUUGACGAGUUAAACCGUCGAGUUGGUGAAGCUAUGCGUAAUUUGUACUUAAAAUGCAUAGGAUUCCACGGCAACUUAGAAUUACAGUACAAAGAUAUGGUAUGUCAUCAGAAAUCACUGUUAUUGAAAGGCAAUCUGCAUACUGAUAUUGGGGAAGUAACCGUUUUUGUUUUUCCUCAAUUAAUGCUUAUAACAAUAAGUUCUGAACCCGAUAAUAAUAGUCGCUUAAUAUCACGUUGCUAUUAUGGCAAAUUAUCACGUCAAAUCACCAAGCCGCAUAUUACUACUUCAUCUAAAAACUCACCGACUUCACUUGUCUCUCCACUACCGUCUAUAAUAUGCUCUGCGAGUACACGAGUUUAUAGUCACCGAUGGUCUUUGUUAUCCAUUUUAAGGACUCGUUCACCAUCUGAUUCGGGAAAUGCUACCCAUAUAUCUUUUAACUCAGGAAAUCGACCUUCCAAGUAUGCACGAUUAUUUCGACGUUUAUCUUCAAUUAUGACAUCAUCGUCGACAAAGUUGGACAUUUCCAGACCUACAGAAACAACGUCUUUCACACCAGCCGAUGAAACUGUCAGUCUUGAACGAUUUCGUAUUUGCUAUCCGCCUUUAAUAUUAAAAGAUUAUGUUUUGGAAGAUAUAAGUGAUGAUAGUAUUCCUUCAACUAUAUUGAAAUUUCCUUUUUCCACAGAAAAAGCUCAUCAAAAUUUAUUCAAACUCUCUCCUUAUGAACAUAGUGUAAAACGAAAAUCUGGAAGAACUUCAACCAAACAAUCCGAUUUAUUACAUUCACACGAAAAGGUUAUAUCAAGAACAUCUCGUGAAACAACAUGGUUUUCUUCGUCAUCGUUGAUUAGUAGUAGGACUUCAUCGUUGUUACGAAAAUCUCGAAAAACAAUAUCUAGAGAGUUUCUGUUUAAAGCAUCUAGUCUGCAGGAUAAAAAAUUUUGGAUAACUACACUGACACCACUUGUUCACAGUUAUUAUCAAAGGGAAUCAUGCAAUGACUUGGUUUUAGUUUAA